AAGUGCCUACCGGCAUGUGUAGUACAGGAGUGACUCCUAACUCUGGUAAGAAUAGCAUUAUGGGUAAGAGGACGCGUGUGCCGGCAUGGCAGUAGAGGGUUAACCCUCAACUCUGAUAGGAAUAGCAUUAUGGAUAAGAGGACAUGUGUGCCGGCAUGGCAGUAAAGGGUUAACCCCCAUUUCUGGUAAGAAUAGCCGGACGAGUGAUUGCGUACCGUUUUCUGUAACCGCUGCCGCAGGAUCAGGCGUGAAGGAUGGCCGAUAUUUCCGGGAAUAGCUUUAUUGUAUUGGCUUAAUUAUUUGACUAUUGACAUUGUUUGAAAUGGAUAGGUUUACGAUAUUGUCGGGAAUAGGUUUAGAAUAAUACGGAAGGAUGAUUAUGUUUACAGGAUUAAGUCAAUGAUCUUUACGGACAAUAUUAAGCUGUAGAGGCAUUAACCAGUAGAGGCGCACAGGCUGACUGUCAGGGAACACAAUCUGUCGUCUAUUGAAAGUCUCAAAGGUGAAUCCCCAGCUAUUAGGCAGGAUGCUGCCUGGCCUACUAUUCCUCGGACUUGCCUGCUUUGGCCUGCCUGCAUGUGAGGCACAACGACCCGUCGUCUUCGGAGGGACAGCGCCUCCAGGGUGCCGUUGCGUGCCGCUUACGGACUGCCCUGAGCUACGGCCGCGUCCCGGCCAGCGCUGGACGCCCGACCUAACAGCGGCCAUUCAGCGCCUGAGAUGCGGUUUUGCUAACCGCGCAAUUAAGGUGUGUUGUGGUGGAGGGCAGUCAUCACCCACGACUAAGGGCCCUCCUCCUCCGACCGACCUGCCCCGGACCUGCGGCGACACCAAUAGCAUUGACAGGAUAUUCGGGGGGAAGAAUGCCCCCCUGGGGGGCAACCCCUGGAUGGUCGCCCUAGGGUACUCUGUGCCGGGUCCGCGUGGUGAGCUCAAGCUGAGUUACGAGUGCGGGGCGACGCUGGUGACGCGCCAGCACGUCGUCACCGCCGCCCACUGCGUCCGUCCUGACGACAUCGGCUUACUGUCCCUGAAACAAGCGAACAUCGGCGAGUGGAACACAGACACAGACCCCGACUGCUUCGUGUCGCCCGCGACGGAAAAAAACAUCUGCGCGCCGCCCGUUGUCGUACGUCAGAUCGCUGCCGCCACUUGGCAUCCGCAGUACAAUACCGAUGGGAAGUACAACAACGACAUCGCUGUCGUCAGGUUUGACAGGCCUGUCACUUUUGGAUCUUACAUACAACCCAUUUGCAUCCCGAACAAUUUGGACCCGAUUAUCCCGGCGUCGUCGGAGUUGAACCCACAUGCUCUGGCGGUGGGCUGGGGGAGGACUGAGGCACUUGGCUCUUCCCCAGUGCUGCAGGAGAUCAGGCUCCCUUUGGUGGAUAUGCAGCGCUGCAACGCCUCCUACCUUGGCAUCCUAAACGAGAACCAGAUAUGCGCUGGGGGAGUAACGGGGGAGGACACGUGCUCGUUGGACAGCGGGAGUCCGUUAGUGACCACGGGCAGAUUCGGGGACAAGAACUUCCUCAUAGGACUCACGUCCUACAGCCCCCUCCUCUGCGGCCGCAACGGCAGCUUCGGCGUCUAUACGGCCGUCCACAAGUACCGGGACUGGAUCGUACAGACCCUUGCGGUAUAGGAUCUGUGGAUCAGACCCUGGAUUUUCAGGAUAUUAGGUUUAACCUAGGGGUUAUUGUCAGACUUUGGGUAGUUAGGUUAUCAGGUUCAACCUCGGAUCUCUUACGAUGGACGAUGAAGGUCGGAACUGUAGUUACUUGAGAUUUUAUUGACCCAAAUGAACAAUUUCCUAAUAUCCAGACUAGUGGCUUAAGAAGCUACCGCGUGCUGGUAAAGUAUUAAUGUAUCAGUGUAUUCGUAUCAGUUUUAUUAUAUUAUUAGUCUUCAGGGAGACAUCGUUACAUGCAGGUCCGUCUUAGUUGGGCAGAUACGAGAGCGAGCUACGUAUAAAAAAUCGUUUCACCAGGGGUUGAAGGUCCAAAAGUGGAAACUAGCAAAUUUUUAUGGUUCAUAUAUAUGGUUUACGAGAGAUAUUGGAGUGGUUCUAGCGUUGAUUAGGCCGUUAGUCCUGUUGCCUAUCCUUAACAUUGCAGAACAUUCACAGCUUGCAGUGGUUUCGAGUACACAACGCACUUCUCUAAUUUUGCCGUCUCCUCACCGAUUCUUACCACUUUAUCAAUAAAGAUAACGUAUAUCAUCUACACAAUUGCAUAAACUGUAUAAGUAAUAAAUUGUUAAGUUGAGAUGUCCACAUGAUUUCAAACGGUAGAUUUAAUCUCUGAAAGUAGAUUGAACUUCAACAAUUUUUUAUUGUAACGUCCGAAAAAUGUUGACGUCCAAAAAGAGUUUAUUAUUGUAACGUCCGAAAAGAGUUUAACGUCCGAAAAAUGUUGACGCUAAAUUCAUCAAAGCCAGUAAGAUUUUUUCUCUCUGAGCGGACGAGAAAUAUAGUAACUUUCAUUCUUCGUAACGAUUCCAAUACCUUGUAUUCAGUUCAUAAUUUUCUUAUGAGGAUGUAAUGCAUUUACCGUUGCGUUGCUAGUAUUAUUUUGUUGCAAUAAUUGCACUAUUAUUAAGUGUGCUUUCUUGAACAAACAAUUAUGUGCUUUUUAUUAUGGAAAAGGUGAUUAUUUUAAGUUGAAUAUAAAUGUAUCUGUGAUUAAGAUGAAUUUGCUAAGUUAUAAAUUAACUUUUCUAACGCUUGAUCAUGUCGUGCUAAAUUUUCUUAUUCAGAUAAUUUCAUAUUGCUUGGAAUUAAUGCCGACUAAUGAUCUCAUAAUUCCACGUAAAGAAUUCGACCGCAAUUCACUGAAUUUUUUUUUUU